GUCUGAUGUGAGAUCCACACUAUGCCGAGCCCUUUAUUCCACCCCGAGAUUAUGGACCACGAAGUGGUGAUCAGCAGCCAGCACAACGGAGUGGGUCUGCCCCGAGAGACGGACCAGGAGUCCCGGGAAGAGGAUCACCAAGAGGUGCUCCGCUUCGCCCUGGACCAGCUGUCACUCAUGGCCCUGGAGAAGGUGGACUGUGGGGGCGGUGGCGGUGGAAGCGUUGGGCUUGUCGACACCCUGGAUGCGACCCAGGGUCCGGGCUCUGAGGGCUGCAAUGGUGUGGGUGGGAGCGGCUUUGUGGAUCUACAAAUGCUGGACCACCCCGGCGGCUCCCGAGACUCGCCGUCGUCCUGCUCUCCAUCCCCGGAGUACUACGGAUCAGGCGGGUACCACAUGGCCGGCUCGCACUCCAUGCUCCACGGGGAGCAGACGUCCGUCCUCUGCAACAGGAAACGGAGCGUCAACAUGACUGAAUGUGUGCCUGUUCCGAGCUCUGAACAUGUGGCUGAAAUAGUCGGGAGGCAAGGCUGUAAGAUCAAAGCUCUGCGUGCCAAAACCAACACCUACAUAAAGACUCCCGUCAGAGGGGAGGAGCCAGUGUUCAUCGUGACGGGACGCAGGGAGGAUGUGGAGAUGGCCAAACGUGAAAUUGUAUCUGCAGCGGAGCAUUUCUCCAUGAUCCGGGCGUCUCGCUGCAAAGCUGGGGGCUCUGGGGGAGGAGGCUCACUGCCGGGUCCCCCUCAUCUACCAGGACAGACCACCAUACAGGUGAGAGUGCCCUACAGAGUCGUCGGUUUAGUCGUUGGACCAAAAGGGGCAACCAUCAAGCGCAUCCAGCAGCAGACUCACACCUACAUUGUGACACCAAGCCGAGAGAAAGAUCCGGUGUUUGAGGUGACUGGGAUGCCGGAGAACGUGGACCGAGCUAGAGAGGAGAUCGAGACCCACAUCACCCUGAGAACUGGAACCUUCGUAGACCUGCAAGGAGACAACGACUUCCACACCAACGGCACCGAUGUCAGCCUAGAGGGGCUCGGCUCUUUAAGUGGAGGACUGGGAGCGUCUUUGUGGUCCAGGGCUGCAAGUCACCAUCCAGCCCCGCCUCCUCCCGCGCCGUCCCCGCCCCCUUCCCUCCCCGUGUCUAUGCACCACUCUUCCAGCCGUAAGAUGUCCUCUUCAGUUGCAUAUCACGCGCACAACAGCGGGAUGAGCUCAGACACCUUCAACGCCAACCGGAAGGCCAACGAAGGGGGCAGCCCCACCAGCCCUUUCAGCACCGGCUCCAGCAGCGCCGGUGGAGGAUUUACAUUUGGGGGGGAUUCCACCCCAGGGCUGCCAGCUUCAGAUGAGCUGGGCUUUGAGUUCAGCGCUUCCAACAUCUGGGCACCUUUUGUCAACGGCGGAGGAGGCAAUAAGACCGCGGCUUCCUCCCAGCAGCAACCCCUACGCCGCAACAGCAGCGGCCUCAGUGGAGGCGCCAUCACUCCAAGAUUGUCCCCAACUCUGCCUCAGGAUUCCGUGGUGGGCCCCCUGGAUCACCCGCUGGCCCGCCGUGCCCAGAGCGACCCCCUCAGCACUCUCUCCUGGCUGCAGUCCGGCAGCACCGGCGGGGGUUCCUUCUCCGGAGCCUCCAGCUCCAGCUCCGGCGGCUCGUCGACUGGCUACUCCUCCUGCUCGGCCUCCUCCCUGCCCGGUGGCUCGCCCACUGACUCCGAAGGAGGCGGCAGCAGCGGGGGCCUCAGCUCCGGGAUGCUGAGCCGCCUCAAAGGCGGUACUGGCCCUGGGGUGGCAGGUUUGGUCGGCGUCAGCCCAGCCCUCAACAGGGACUGCUUUGUGUGUUUCGAGAGCGAGGUGACGGCGGCCCUGGUGCCGUGCGGCCACAACCUGUUCUGCAUGGAGUGCGCCGGGCAGAUCUGCCAGUCGGCUGAACCCGAAUGCCCCGUCUGUCACACCCCCACCACACAGUGCAUCCGCAUCUUCUCCUAAUGCCCGUGGCAAUUAAGCGGGGGAUUAAAAAUGAGGGUUUGUGGACAGGGGAGGGGGGCAGGAAGGGUAUUUGAGUGGGGCACCAGCUGUGGUGGACACAAUGGAAGGAUUCACACUAAAAACCUUCACACUCGAUGGACCAUAGUAAAUGCAUUAAUAGAGAUGAUAAUAUACGGAUGCUGAUAUAUUGUUAACUGUCAAUAAUAAUAAUAUUAAUAAUGACAAUGAUUUAUUUUCAGAGGAAAGUGAAUGAAACUGGUCUGCGGGCGGCGGGGGCUCAGACAGUCUCUCGCCGGUGAACAUAUGGAAGGAAACUAGUGUCUUAUCUCUCUUCAGGCCUUCAUUUCGUCCCGGACCGGCCCGCUCCGCCGGUCCGUCUCCACACGUCUUCAUUCUGGCUUCUUCAGAUUUUCUGCCUGCUUUUCUCUCUCACAGCCUUUCCUUUUGACACUUUUGUAUUUAGCAGAUAUUUUUGGAUGAAGCUGUCAAACGAGGCCUGCACUUUUCUACUCCUGAUUUCAAAUGUCCUCACCGUAAACGGUUCCAGCGAGUCUUUUUUCUCCUGAGCUCACUCAUGCUGUUUUUUCCUGACAUGAAGUGGAAAGAUCCUCCUUUUUCUCUAAGCUCCAAACUCUUUGUAUUUUUUUUUUUUUUAAACUAAGGUUGUUAGGCUGAACACUACACUCAAGGGACCUCUUGAGGACAAAUUCCUGUUUUGUUGCCACAUAAAAAGUUAGCCAUGGGUAACUAAGCAAAAUGAUUCAGAAACACGUGGUUUGGAUGAGUGUAUUGAUUAUCGUGGAUAUUCUUUAUGAUGUGAGACGCGUAGUGAAGUUGAUGGACCAAGACUUUUGGUCAGGUUGUAUGUUUGGGCUGUCUGACAAUCCCUUUACAUCUCUGUUCUUGUGUGUGUGCGUACAUUAGUGUCCACUCAUGAGCGGCAGUGUGUCAUGACCAUGAGAGGUUUCUGUCCUUUACUCGAAUCCAUCCACUCUAGAACUGUCUGUUACACCAAAAUCUGCUCGUUUAUAGUGUUUUUAUUUUUAAUUAGUGGGACUGUCGGCUGUCUCACCAGAAUGUUUCGUCCAAAACGGUGGAGCACAAAAAGCGCUCCUCCCUAAUAACAAGGGGCUAGAUUCUUAUUUUUUUUCUUCUACACUGUAACCCCUCUAAAAAGAAAAAAGUAAAAAAAAUACCAAAAAAAACAGCUCUUACUGUUUAUGUUUUGGUCUUCCACCUUUGUCACAGCAAAGCUGUACGGCACUCUCAGAUGACACACUGUUGUUCCCAUAAAGCGUGUUUGGUAGUUUAAAAAUUCGUCCUGUGUUUCAUAGCAGUACUGAGGCAGGGUUCAUCCUGUUCUGUGUUAGUUUGUUUUGUUUUUUAAAAAAAAAGUUCGAUGCGAGUUUGCAGUAACUGUUUCGUAAAGUGUUAACGCGAUUAGAGCGCCUCCGGUGGCCCUUUUGAACAUGACGAGGAAGGAGCUCCUGUAGAAGCAGACAAGCCAUGACGACUGAAUUGAAUACCACACACCUGAUUCUCAAGGGCUUCCUCUGACUGCACACACACACACGAUCACAUGUUUUCAGGCUCACACUCGAGGAAGAAUCAACGUAUCCUUUAUGGCAGCUAGUAGCUAGGUCAUCCAGGGCUUCCAGACACUUUUGUGUUCCAAUCCCAGCAGCUGCAGAAUGUUUUUUGCUUACUGAUUAUUUUUCCAGCUGUCCCUACACAGUCAUUACAUCCAGAUCCUGUCGAUGUGUAGGACAAUGCACACCCCCCCUCCCUCCCUGGACGUUGUGACAGAUCUGCAGGGUUUAAUAUUAUGGAAUGAAUGGUAGCCCUCUGAGUAAAGAAUUGGGCCGUUGCUGUUGUGCUUUUGGUGCUUUGUUUAGUAUAAUAUUGAAUUUAUUUGCUGUUUUGACUGUUUGUUACUUAAAGAACAAUAACAGGAGCCCCCUCCCAGUAGGAUUAAACCCUACUGCAGAAGGCGGGGGCUGAACUGGUAGUCUUUGUGAAGACCAGUCCAUGGUGCUUUAGUGCAAGUCCUUACUGAAUCUCAGAAGAACAAACCCUGUCAUUAUGGGGGAGGCCAUUUCGAUCUCAGACAAACAUCUCCAGUGCACUGUAGACCUGACAGCACAAACCCCCCCUCUUUUCUCCUCCGCCACACUCGGAACAGAUGCGGGGCUGCGACCUGAACAGACCUGUGAUGACUGUUGCGUGAGUCUGGCGGGGGCCGUCCUCGAAGCCCUCCUUUAACUUGUGUUUUUUGCCAGACUGGUCUGAUGUAAAUCCUGCUGUCUGCUCAGGAUGUUUCUGGCCAUACGAGAAUGUUAGGGUUAAUGUACAGUAGUUUUAAUUGUUAAAAAGGUACAAAUUCUUUUUUUAAUUUUAAUUUUUUCCAGAUCGACUGCUAAUUUUUAUUUGUUUUUUAGCCAGUUGUAUCCCCCCUCCCCCUCGAUUCCUUUAUAAAGGUUUGAAAACAGGGUUUCCUGAGGCAUGCUAGUCAGUGACCUCUGACCUUUUUUGUGAUUAAAGGGGGGGAAAUGCGAAGAGAGCCACGCCAGGAAGGGGUGACGGACUCCCCUCAAGCCUCCGCUCUCAUAUUUUUGCUUUAAUUCUUUGUACGCAGAACCAAAAUGUAAAACGUCAGCAAACUAGGUUUCAGACCUAACCUGUGUGUAUAUAGAAACCCCGGAUACAAUCAAUGGGAUCUUGUUUUCUAAGGCAAAAAUUAAUUGAAGUUAAGUGUAGUUUCUAAAGAACAUGUAUCAUUAUUUGUAAGUUAAUCAUCUGCAUGUCUUCGAGCCACACGGCAUUAGCUAAUAAUUUUUAAGAUGGGAAAAAACAAACUUUUUACACAUUUUAUUUUAUACAAUUUAUUUGCUUACCUAAAUAUCCCAGACAAUAAUGUGACCCUUUUUAUUACUUCAAAUUUAUUUUUAUUUUACUUUUUUUAGUUUCUUUAUUUUCUGUGUACUACAUAUAGGCAAUUUAUAACAAAAUGAGAAAAUUAUUGAAGAAAUUUUAAAAUUGAAAUAUAUUUUAUUUGAAAGUUUAUGGACCUUUUAACCGUGAGCCGGAGAAAUUGUAUAAUCGUAUAAUUUGAGCUGACUUGACGGUUAUGAGAAAUGUAUCAAGAGUUUUAUUUUUUAUGCUUCUUUAAUAAAGUCUUGUUUUUUGGUUUCA